CGCUCGAUCUUACGAUCUUACCUAAGAUUUCGAGUAGAAUAGUGGUAAACUCGUUGCCACAUCAAGAUCGACGCAGAUCGCGCUUAAACUCGUUAAAAUCGCUAAAAUCGCGAUUUUAUACACGAUUUUAACGAUCUUGAGAACUGUCCUUAUAAGCCUAUGUGUUAGACUGGGCCUUAUUUUUUGGGCCAAUUUUUAUUAUUCUGAGUUCUUAUAUUAUUCUGGCCCAAUUCAACCUUAGCCCAAGUUCUUAUGUUAUUAUGGCCCAAUUCAACCUUAGCCCAAGUUUUUAUGUUAUUCUGGCCCAAUUCAACCUUAGCCCAAGUUCUUAUACAGCCAAGCCAACUCCUUAUUACAGUUCGUGAAAUUUCUAACCUAGAAUACUUCAUCGACUGAGAACUGAGAAGACGCCGACAAGUGGUCCUGGAGAUGAUGCAAUAGUGAUCUGAUACUGAAGUUUCUCUUGACUCUGUGACUAUUCUACACCUCGACCAUUCUGGUAUGCAGUUCUUUGAUUUUCAAUUAAUAAAAUGUCAACUUCUGGUUCUGGAAAUGCAACUGCAAGUAUUAGGAGAAAAAAUGCUUCAGGGAGUAGAAAUGAUAUAGGAUGGGAAUAUGGUAUUGAGGUUGGUCAUGAUGCAAAGAAGGUGCAAUGUAAAUUUUGUGCCAAAAUUAGCAGCGGAGGUAUAUAUCGUUUUAAGCAUCACCUUGCUUGUACAAACGAUAAUGUAGGAGCUUGUCGAAGUGUACCCGAUGAUGUGAGGAAGAGAAUGUUGGAGAUUUUGUCUCAAGGUAUGGAAGCUAAGGAAAGGAAGAGUUUGUUGCGUCAACAUGAAAUUGGGAGCUCAGUUAGUGAAACACUACCUGAGUCUCAAACUAGGAUGACAUCAGCUAUGUAUAAGGGUAAAGGGAAAAAAAAUUCUACUCAAGUGACCAUGAAUGAGCUAUUCAAGAAAGAUUUGAGAAAAAGUGCAUGUAGAAGUAUUGGGAGGUGGCUUUACACUUGUGGUAUUCCUUUCAACACAGUCAGAAGUCCAGAGUUCACAAAAAUGUUUGAAGAGGUAGCUAGACAUGGUCCUGGUUUUAAAGCUCCCUCUUACCAUGAAGUUAGGGAGACUAUGCUCAAUGAGGAAGUGAAGGAGACGAGGGAUUACAUUGAGAUACAUAAGGCUGAAUGGAGAAGAGUAGGGUGUAGCAUUAUGUCUGAUGGCUGGACAGAUAAAAAGAGGAGAACAAUAUGCAAUUUCUUGGUGAAUAGUCCUAGAGGGACUGUCUUUUUGGAGUCCUUGGACACGUCAGAUUUUUCAAAAACAGCACAAAAAAUUUUUGAGUUGUUGGAUAGGGUUGUUGAGGAAGUUGGGGAAGAAAAUGUUGUGCAAGUGAUUACUGAUAAUGAUGCAUCUUAUAAGGCGGCAGGUUCAUUGUUGAUGGAGAAGAGGAAACAUUUAUUUUGGACACCAUGUGCAGCACAUUGCAUAGACUUGAUGUUGGAGGAUUUUGAGAAGAAAUUGAAGGUCCAUCGUGUGACUAUCAAACAAGGUAGGAAGAUAACCACAUACAUAUAUUCCAGAACAUUGCUCAUUUCCAUGUUGAAACAGUUUACCGAGGGGAGAGAUUUGAUUAGACCUGCUGUUACUAGGUUUGCUACGGCAUAUUUGACUUUAGGAUGCCUUAGUGAACACAAGGGUGCAUUAAUGACUAUGUUUUCAUCUUCAAAGUGGAAGGAAAGCAAGUUUGUACGCACUGAAGAAGGGAAAGGGGUUGAAAACAUUGUACUUGAUAGUAGAUUUUGGAGAGAUGUUGGCAUAUGUCUUAAGGCUGCAUUACCAUUGAUGAAAGUGCUUCGCUUGGUGGAUUCGGAUGAGCAAGCCGCUAUGCCUUUCUUAUAUGAAGAGAUGGAUUGUGCAAAGGAGAAAAUUCAAGCUAAUUUCAAUAAUGUGGCAAGAAAUUAUACGCCUAUUUGGAAGAUUAUUGAUGAGAGGUGGACUAAGCAACUUCAUAGGCCAUUACAUGCUGCAGCCCACUAUCUAAACCCCCGAAUUCAUUAUCGUCCAAGCUUCAAUCCUAAUGAUAAGGAGGUUAAAAAUGGGUUGUUUGAUAGCUUGGAUACGUUGGUGAAGGAACGAAAUGAAAGAAAUACAAUAAUCUCACAGCUUGAUAUAUUCCAUCAUGGUCAAUGUAUGUUUUCUAGGAUUGAUGCUAGGGAUUUAUUAGAGAAAAAGCAUCCUGCUGAUUGGUGGAACACUUAUGGAGAUGAUGUUCCCGAACUUCAAAGAUUUGCUAUUCGAGUGCUUAGUUUAACUUGUAGCUCUUCUGGAUGCGAGCGUAACUGGAGUGCAUUUGAGAUGGUUCAUACCAAGAAAAGGAAUCGUCUUCACCAAAAGAAGAUGAAUGACUUGGUGUUUGUGAUGUACAAUUCCAAAUUGAAGAAUAAGAAAUUUAGAAGUAUGGAGUUGCCAACCUUUGAAGAUAUUGGUUCAGAUAAUGAAUGGAUCACGGAGGGAGGUGUGGAUGUUCCUUCUCCUAAUGAGGAUGUCAAUGCUCAAAUUGUUGAACCGGUUGGAAAUGAUGGGAUUCAUGAUAUGACAAUUGAACUUGAUAGCAACCCAAUUGAGGAUGAAGAUAUAGAAGAAAAUGUGAAUAUGGAGGAGGGAGAGGGAGAUGAAUAUAAUGGGAGUGAUGGUGGUGGGAGUGGUGAAGAUGAUGAUCUUGAUGAUUUGUGUUAAUUUAUUAGUUUGUAUGUUUGUUGUUGGAACAUGAGAUUGAAUUUAUGUAGCAUGUGUUUAAUUUUUAGUAUGUUUGAUUGUUAGAACUUUGAACAUGUAUGGCAUUAUCUAAUUAUUAUUGCAUUAUGUUAUUCUUGUUACAUGUCUUAGGAUUGCAAAAUAUGCUUAUUUUUACAUUGUAUGUAAAAUCUUACGAUUUUACGAUUCGAUUUUGCGAUUCCGAUUUUACACCCCUUCUCCGAUUCCGAUCCGAUCUUACGUUUUCACUACCUUGUGUGUGA